AUGCCGGCAGCAACGCCCCCAUCGACGUCCGCACCAUCGUCCCCAACCUCUCGCGCACGUGGGGCCUAUUCCGCCAAGCCCGACGCGCCGUCGACAUUCAUCAUUUCUGAUUACGGCCGUGGCAAAGUGUGCAUAGAGCUGGAGCCCGGCCACGAUGGCACCCCCAUCAACGAGGAGCGCCUCAUAAGGCAGUUUCGCCAAAACAUCGACGCCUUUUGUGCUGAGCGCGCCAUGGACGAUAUGGCGGACGUUGGCGUGACUCUCGAGAGCCUGUCCCUCGACGACCUCCCAAAGGCUGCCAUCACCGACAUGGGGGCAGGCACCAAGGCCAGUCCCAUGAUCGUCAAAGGCCAACAAGCGCUUUCCGAACUCAAGAGCGGUCGCGAGGCCAAGCAGCAAGACAAGGAGUCUAGGAAACAAGCCGUUAUCAACAACCCGAUGCUCAACCCCGACGGCACCAAGAUGAGUCUCCUUGACCGGCUGCGCCUCAAGCAGCUCGCCAAGGCCAACGAGCCUCUUGCCCCAGCCGGACCCGAGCUUCAACGGCGGGCGGCCCUUAACCGCGUCGUAGACGUGGCAGCCACCAUUUCCAUGCUCAGCCUAUCGAAUCCUCUCUCGCUGCCGCGGCAGGCCUUUACCAUGAUGGCCAUCUCGGAGAAGCUCCGGGACUCGCUGCGGAUGCCCCUGUCCAAGGAAGAAGGCAUGGCCUGCGUCAGGCUGAUUGCGACGGAAGUGGCCCCUGAAUGGCUGAGGGUGGUGACGAUUGGGGGGCGGGAGAAUGUGGUGGUGCAGCGCAACGGCCAGCCCGUGGACCGAGUGAUUCAGGAGCGGGUGCAGAAGCUGCUCGCAUAA